AUGGACAAGGGUGCAGCAUGGUACAAGCGGCACAGAGCGAGCACCAGGAGGGAUCGCGCGGCGAUGGUGCACACAUUUGGUGGGCGCGCCCACGCACCCACGCAGUUCUUCGGCCGAGCCUUGAGUGUUGCUGUUGCUGGACACUCGAAGUCGAUGUCGAUGGCUGGGACGGGAUCGCGGGGCUCUCAAUAUUGCAACCUAGGGCACUGUGGCGGAUUACUCGGCGGUGUUCUUAGAUCGCUUGUUACCACGUUCGCUGAGGCCCUCUUCAACCGUCUGUCGCCAUUCCCGUGCCCCAGUGGGCUAAAAGCCACGGGACAGGGCCACUUGCCGUGGUCUCGCAUUGUCGUCGCGCGGAGCACUGGGUCCGUUCCGGCCAUGAUAAUUUUUUUUGGCCUUCGUUAUUGCCGCUGUCUUUCCAUCUUCGGUCCCAAGUCCAAUAUUGGCGAACAGAAAAUUGGGGCGGUCAACCAUCUGCGGCGGCAAGCCCCAUUGGCGUUUGACGGCCGUGUGCAAGUGCAAUCCGUCCUGCCGGGUCUGCCGCAUCCUCCUGGGGCCGGGCCUCGUUCAGACGUGGCAAUUGAGAGUCAAGACGCCUCAAGGGACGAGAGUGAAGCCAUGCGAUGCCAUGCGAUGCGCAUCCUCCGCGAACGUGGCGGGCCCUGGGCUGGGGCACUCACGCACGGGGAGCCGGGAGCCAUCUCGACGCCAUUGGGUUCUUUGCGGUGCAAGCUCCGAGGACUCAGUAGAGCCGGCGAGCGGGGCGAGGCCGUGGCCAAUGCGGCGGCCGCGCGGGUACCCCGUCGCCUUGCCAGUUGCCACGGCCGGGGGCCGCUGCAGACCCAGAUUGUCAAUCAGAUUUGUCAAUGGCUCAAUGUCCUCCCAGCGGCCAAGGUUGGCGGUCGGCUGGUCGCAUUCAUGGGCAGCGAUUGUAUCGAAAACUGCGCGGCUAUUCAUCAGUCUUGGGCCGAUUUUCCUGCAACUCUCAGUGGCCAGGAGGCCGACCAGCAACGGCCUCAGGUCGCUUCGGGGCCGACCGCUAGCGAUACGGAUACAACAAUCCUGGCCCACUGGGGCGGCGGCCUUGGGGAGGGCAGGACGGGGAUCGCGGGUGCUUGGGCGAGUGCGACGAGACCGGAGAUGGGAGACACCGCUGUUCUAUGGAGCUUUCAGCUUCGGACGGAUUUGUCGAGCUUUGCCAUUGUCCAGACUCAGACUCCAGACUCCAGACUUUAG